AGACGUGGAGGGAGUUAAAGAAAAGGAAAAAGAGAACAAGAUAAGAAGUAAAGUACCACUAAAGAAUUAGUAAAUAAUAGAAGAAAAGAGAAGAGAAAGAAGGAAGCACCAGCACACAUAUAUAAUAAAAGGUGGUUGUCGGUGAUUUCGAGCGUUUGAGUUUGAUAAUUGAUGAUAGUGGAAAGGGAAGGUAGAGAGGUGUGUAAAGUUUCGUUUUGUGUGUGUAACAAAAUAGAAUCGAUAGAUAUGAACGGUGGAAUUGGUAUAGGGAUGGACAUAUGGAGGCAUCACACGCAUGAACCCAGCCACAACCAGUGCACUUCAGCACUCGUAAAGCACAUAAAAGCCCCUGUACCUCUCGUGUGGUCCCUGGUGAGAAGAUUCGACGAGCCCCAAAAAUACAAGCCCUUCGUUAGCAGGUGCAUCGUCCAAGGUGACCUUGCUGUUGCCAUUGGCAGCGUCAGAGAGGUCAACGUUAAAUCUGGUCUUCCCGCCACCACCAGCACUGAGAGGUUGGAACAACUCGACGAUGACCAACACAUUCUUGCCAUCAAGAUCCUCGGCGGUGAUCACAGGCUUAAGAACUAUUCCUCCAUAAUAACAGCGCAUCCAGAGGUUAUUGACGGAAGGCCUGGAACCAUGGUGAUUGAAUCGUUUGUGGUGGAUGUGCCUGAUGGCAACACCAAGGACGAAACUUGUUACUUUGUUCAUGCUUUGAUCGGCUGCAACCUAAGCUCUUUGGCUAGUGUUUCUGAGAGGAUGGCCGUGCAAUUCGCAGGCUCCAACUGAUCCAUGAUAAGGUCUAUGGGAAUGAGUAUUCUUGCAUAACCGUUCCUCUUUAGAACACCUUAGGUGGUUCUCUUCUUCAGUUUUGUCACUAUGAGAUUAUACUUGGAGUGGGAAAUUGAGUUGUUUUUCUUCUUGGGUUUUGUGUUCUACACUUUUUUUUUUUUUGUACAUAUUCUUGUAAAAAGAAAAGAAUUUUCUCAUUCACUCGCCGUUUCUUCUCUCAACAGCUAUGAAUUUACGUUUUACUUUAUUUUGGGCUUAUUGUUAAGAACACUUAGGACUAUUUCUUAUUGAGGCUGCUUUCAAACUCAAUACUAUAACUUUUUCUCGUGAGGGAGAAGAUAAGGACAACCCGUAGGAUGUUUUGAGCGAAGAGGGGUAGUUGAUGAUGUCACUCUUUGGUAUAACUUGCACGGCAUUUUUUCUUUUCUGAUAGAUGGCUUUUGUAACGAUAAUGUUUGUUGAACACCUCAUGUUUUGGGAUUUUUUUUAUGAUGAGUAUAAAAAAAUAAAAAUAAGC